UGUCUAGUCUAUAUGUCUGCUUGGUGAUCGAAGACAUUUGACAUUAUUUCCUGAAACGUGUAUUCUGGUUUAAGACAAACAGGCUACAAUGCAGGCUAUACGUUCUUUAUAUAUUGUGCAUAACGAAUGAUUACUGUGCGUUUAGUUUAUGCAUAAAUUAUACUGCAGUUAUGGAUACGCGUUUAGCCAAUUCCUGAAGCCCUUGCCUGUGGAGUAGGCUAUAGCUUCGUCACAUUAUCUAUAUGUAAAAUGGGAAAUGUUGAAACUUCGGCGAACCCACGGUGCUGCUGACGUCAGAGUCUGGGAUACAAAACUUGCCCCGCUUUCAGACGUCAGAACAAAUACUGAGCUGCAGCGAACAGCUGCUCCAGGAUUAUAACGGCUGUGGUCGGCGGGCGGAAGGUACUGCGUGCACAACCGGCCGAACCCCUCAAUGCCUUUGAGUGUUUAAACUUUUUUUUUUCUUCUUCUUUUCUUUUCGGACACCUUUUCAAACAUGAUCCCGGCUCGUUCGUAAAAGAAGAAUGAAGCGCAAAACCGAAAGGAGGCGACCGGAGGCGAGAAAAAAGCGUUGUGCAGCCAAACGCGAGGAGGCGGAGCCGAGGUCUGAUAUUUACAUUGGCAUAACUGAUCAACUCUAUUUUGCCGUUCUCCAGCAGAAAGUGAAAAGCACACCAGAAAGGCAUUACUUUUGUAUCGACGAGGAACUCUCAUAUGAAAAUUUCUAUGCAGACUUCGGUCCGCUCAACCUGGCGAUGUUUUACCGCUUCUGCUGCAAGCUCACCAAGAAAUUGAAGUCUUUCACCCUUGCAAAGAAAAAAAUAAUAUUCUACACUUGCGGUGACCAGAAGAAGCAGGCAAAUGCAGCAUAUCUGAUUGGCUCCUAUGCUGUGAUGCACCUGCAGAAGUCUCCUGAGGAGGCGUACAGCCUGCUGGUGUCCCGAAAUGCCACUUACCUGCCGUUCAGAGAUGCUUCGUUUGGAACUUGCAUGUACAACCUCAACAUCCUGGACUGUUUACGAGCCAUCAGUAAGGCCUUGCAGUUCGGGUGGCUCGAUUUCUCCAAAUUCGAUGUUGAGGAGUAUGAACAUUACGAGAGGGCAGAGAAUGGAGACUUCAACUGGAUCAUUCCGGUGAAGUUUUUGGCCUUCAGUGGCCCUCAUCCCAAGAGCAAAAUUGAGAACGGAUACCCUCUCCACGCCCCCGAGGCCUACUUCCCCUACUUCAGGAAGCACGGCGUCAGCACCAUCGUGCGGCUCAACAAGAAGAUGUACGACUCGCGGCGGUUCACCGACACCGGGUUCGAGCACCACGACCUGUUCUUCGUGGACGGCAGCACGCCCACCGACGCCAUCGUCAACCGCUUCAUGAACAUCUGCGAGAACGCGGAGGGGGCCGUCGCGGUGCACUGCAAGGCCGGCCUGGGCCGGACGGGCACGCUGAUCGCCUGCUACAUGAUGAAGCACUACCGGCUGACCGCCGCCGAGGCCAUCGCCUGGAUCCGAAUCUGCAGGCCCGGCUCCAUCAUCGGGCCCCAGCAGAACUACGUGGAGGAAAAACAAGCCGGCCUCUGGGCAGAAGGGGAUCACUAUCGCGAGAAGAUGGAGCAGGAGAACUGCCUGAACAAGAUGGCCGUCACCAGGAUCCUGUCCGGGGUGGACGACAUCUCCAUCAACGGGAGCAACAAGAACCGGACAUCGGGGAGGCAGGAGGCUGAACACUAUAACGAUGAGGACGAGAGGAACGGGGUGACGCAGGGGGAUAAGCUUCGGGCCCUGAAGAGCAAGAGGCAGGCGCGGUCCUCCACCGGCUCCCUCACAUUGGAAGAGAAUAAAAUUCAUACCAGGUCUUCAUCGCAAUCGCUACGGAUCAUCCUGCGGGGCUGCCAGGCGAAGUCGGCCAGCCUGCCCAAAAGCGCGGACGGGCGCAAGAGGACGCGAUCGUCCCUGGGGAACACCGACCUGGACAGCCGGUUGUUAAGCACGAGGCUGGCCCGGUCUCUAGGCAACCUGAACGUAGUGGCUAGCGACCAGGACUGGUGGGAGCACGGAGGGGCGCGGGCUGGCUGUAGGGCCGUAGACAACGUGGCCGCCCAGACCGGCAACCUAAACGCCAUUAAUGCCAACCACCAGCUGCAGCUCCGCCCCUUGGAGGCGGACCCAGAUUCCCCCUCACACGGCCUGCUUAGUGGGCAGGGCCUGAGUCUGUCUCAUUCAACACCGUGUGGUGCGGGGAAGGAAAACUCGAUGCUCUUUGCAGUCGAUUCGCUUUGCUCGACUAUGUCACUCCAUUCCUAAAGCCAGGGUGCCCCUUCUCCGGUGAAAACGCCCCAGGAAGUCCGACCGGUCCCGCCACAGAGCUCGCGCCUUGCCCCCCCAGAGAGGAUUUCUGUGAUAGAACUCAUUUACCCAGAAUGCACCAAGUGCUCACACUGUGCUUGAUGUUCUGAAACUGUUGACCAAAGGGACUGGAAUGGACUGUUGUUUCUUCAGAAGUCAUAGUUGAAUCGAGAUGUGAUAAAUCCUGAAGAUUUGAGCCCUCGCUGUGAGAUUUUGGUCUGGGCUCAAUUUUACAGGGAUCUGCGAUUCUCAUCUUCUUAUGAGAUUAAAUUUCCCCUCUUUUCUAAAGGGGGUUUCCUCCUCCCCCCCAAUUUGCCAAGCAACUCGGGAUUGUGUACCCACCCCAAACUAGAAUGUCCAACUCUGUGUAACCACAGCUGCCCCAUACGCGGACCACCCUGCCAAAUCAUGCGAGCCAGGAUGUCCACAGACGUGCCACCAAAUCCCACGGUGUCCAGCCGCUGCUCUUCAUGUCGAAGACCGCGGCUAAGCAGAGUGGCGUUGGAGGAACACCUUUCAUAUGCAGUUCUGCCUUGCAGUCUGACGAGCGCUCGCAUCGGCCUGUAGGGGUCGCUAAAGAGCGACGAAACGUGGAUCCCUAUGGCACUGAACCCCCCCACCCCCCAGCCUGGGCGACACAGGCGCCAACUGUGCAUCGCCCUGCUUACUGGCCAGUCGGCACCGGGACGGUCCGGAUUCGGUCCGAGCCCGUGAGGCUCAUCCGUGCACCACAGCGUGGUGCCUUAUCCGAACGAGCCGCCCAGUGCCCCCCACCCCCCUUUUUUUUUUUUAUUUCUAAUGUUUGAUGUUUGUACCGUAACGACUAACAUGGACUUCAGUGUUGGUAAUAGGCUUGGCUGUUCAGUUCAUAAAUCUGUCGGUGUUUUACUACUUUUCCUCCCAAGUGCUCAGUAUAUACACUCAAUGGCCUCUGCUUUUCUCUGAAGUGAAGUGAGAUUUUUUUUUUUCCGUCUUGUUUUUGCUUCAAGCUGCUGUACUUUAUACUGUAAAUACAUGAACAUUUAAUAUACCGCAGAUCCGGUGUAAUUUUAUACUUGUAAAUAUAUUUUUUAUUUGGUACUAUUUGGUAGUUUUUCGAUUAAUCAUUCUUUCAGAUUCGAGUCAUGCUUACCGAACGUCCUUGGAGCAGUAACGCUUUCAUAUUGAUCAUGGUUAUGGAUCACGUGUGGAAAAUAAUUGUCACUCAAGUACAUGAAAUUAUAGACAACUUGUGUUGCCAAUUUUUUUCCCCCAAUAAAAUCUUUCCAUCCUA